AUGAAAGUCGACAUUUGCACCGGUUGCUUAUCGCCGACGUGGGCUAAAAAUGAGUCACUGAUUGCGAUAUAUCACUAUGGUUACAUCUACGUCAGCUCAAAGUCAUGGAUAGAGCUUUUUAAAGACCUUCUACUGGUGCUUUUUGCCCUGAGGAUCUUCCGGUUCGUGUUAUUCAACCUGAAAGUCUACGGCAUGGUUGGUUGCGUUCACAAUUUGUACCGCACGGUUGCCGGCCGUUUGUUCAGAUGGCUUUUGAAGAGCAGAUUUUUUAGAGCUUCUGUGGAUGCGGAAGUCAGUAAAGUUACUCGUCAUAUGGAAAAAGAGUUGAUCAAGAAUGACGCCUGCUUGAACGAUUUCGAAAAGUUGCCGGCAGUUGGGCUGCCUGAACAAAGCGUCUUGAAUGAGUUAGGGUUGCUCGAAAGCAAAAUACCACAUACCGAGUGGAAAGAUGGAAAAGUUUCGGGAGCAGUAUAUCAUGGCGGAGAGGACAUCAUUCACUUGCAGAGCUUAGCAUUUGAAAAAUUUUGUGUUGCAAACCAGUUGCACCCUGACGUUUUCCCAGCUGUACGGAAGAUGGAGUCCGAGGUCGUUUCCAUGACCUUGAACAUGUUUAAUGCACCCAAGGAUACUGGGUGCGGUACUACAAGUUCAGGAGGCACCGAAUCGCUGCUUCUAGCCUGCUUGAGUGCCAAGAUGUAUGCGUACCAUCACCGUGGUGUUACAGAGCCCGAGAUCAUCGUCCCCGUUACCGCUCAUGCGGGAUUCGAUAAAGCGGCUUAUUACUUUGGCAUGAAGAUCCAUCACGCUAAGUUAGAUCCUAGGACUUACAAAGUUGACUUGAGCCAUGUAAGAAAAUUUAUUAAUCGCAAUACAGUGUUAUUAGUGGGUUCAGCCCCCAAUUUCCCACACGGUAUUAUGGAUGACAUCGAGGGACUUGGUGAGCUUGCUUCGCGCUACAAAAUUCCGCUACAUGUCGAUUGUUGUCUAGGAUCCUUUAUUAUUGCCUUCAUGGAGAAGGCAGGGUAUGACAAUUUACCGGCUUUUGAUUUCCGCGUGGCUGGUGUUACAUCAAUCUCGUGUGAUAGUCACAAAUAUGGGUUUGCACCAAAGGGUUCGUCUGUUAUAAUGUAUCGUAACCGCGACCUUCGAAUGCACCAGUACUACGUCAGCACUGAUUGGACUGGCGGUCUAUACGGGUCGCCCACGCUGGCUGGGUCAAGACCAGGUGCGUUGGUUGUCGGUUGCUGGGCGACCAUGAUCAGAAUGGGAGAGAACGGUUAUAUUGAAUCUUGCAAAGAAAUUAUCACUGCUGCAAGAAAACUAAAAAAGGCAAUAGAAUCAGAAAUCCCAGGGUUACGGAUCUUGGGCGAUCCGAAAUUGUCAGUGAUAUCUUUCACUUCUGAUAGGUAUGAUGUCUACGAAUUGGGGGACAGGCUGUCAGCUAGAGGUUGGCAUUUAAAUGCAUUACAAAAACCACCUGCUCUCCAUUUGGCUGUGACGAAGCCCAGUGUUGCCUCCAUCGAUGACCUUGUCGCCACUUUGAAAGAGCUUACUAAGGAGUUGGAGCAGGAGGGAAAGAGCGCAUCUUCUGCAGAUGGGACAAGCGCGCUAUACGGUGUGGCAGGCAGUGUCAAGACCACCGGUGUAGCGGACAGACUCGUCAUCGGUUUCCUCGACACGCUCUAUAAAUUGAAACCAACUGAAUGA